AUGCGCAUAAUCGUUAAAAAUCUUCCAAAAUUUAUUACCAAAGAACAAAUAGAAAAAGAAUUUAGUACAUUUGGUAAAAUAGUCGAUCUAGUUAUGUUAAAAGACAGUAAAGGAAAUUUUAGAAGGGUUUGUUACAUUGGAUAUCCUUCUAAUGAAAUACGUGAUCGUGUCAUAAAAAAGAUGAAUAACACUUAUCUUUUUAAUCACAAAAUAAAUGUUGAAGAAGCCAUUUGUAAAAAGAAAGAAAUUAGUGAAUCAGAAGAAAGAAUAAUUAGAUACAAUAAUAAAAUAUUUAUAAAAGGAGCAUGUUUAGAUGACAUACCUUUUCUAGAAUCAUUUGGUAAUAUUUGCAAAACACAGGUAGAUGAUGGUCAUCUUAUUUUACAAUAUAAAAAUGUAGAAGAUACUUUAAAAGUUUUUAAAGAGGUAUCAACAGUAAAUGGUAAGAUUGUUAAAAUAUCACCUUAUAAAGAAAAUAUGAAUACUAGCUUUCAGCAUUAUAAUUCUUUAUUUUUUAAUUUUGAAUCCAUCAUAAAGCAAACAUGUGAUUUGGGAAUAAAAAAGAAUGAAGUAGUAGAUUUAGAAGAUAAAGAUCUUCCUACAAAAAUAGCUUUAUUAGAGACAAAUUUAGUUAAUGAGACUAACAAAUUUUUAGAAAGAAAUAAUAUUUUUUUAGAUAAAAUUAUCUCUAAAAAGAACAAAAAAGUUUUAAUUGUUAGAAAUAUAGAAGUAAAUAAGGUGCUUGACUUUGUAAAGUGUAAAUGUAAAAUGGAAGCAUCGCCAAGUAAAAAUUUAGUUUUACUAAAAUUUAAAAAUGAAGAAGAGGCUCUGAAAUGUUAUAAAAAUAUCAAUUUAAGGAGAUAUAAUAACAAUGUCAUUUAUUGCGAAUUUGCGCCACAAUGUGAAGAAAUUAAAAAACACGAUGAUAUAAAAGAAGAAAAACGGUCUGAAACACAAAAGGUUAAAUUACUAAUAAAAAAUGUACCAUUUCAAGCGACUAAAAAGGAUAUUGCCGAUUUAUUUAAGAAAAAGUAUAAAAUACAAGGAAUUAGACUUCCUAUAAAAAGAGAUGGUACACAUCGAGGAUUUGCAUUUGUUACCUUUGAAUCAAAGAGUGUAUUGGAUAGUGUUAUAGAAUAUUUUGGAAAGAGUACACAUUUAUACGGAAGAAGGCUUGUAUUAGAAAUAGCAAAAGAAUAA